AUGGAUAGGCGUGGCUUACUGAUCACAGCUAGCCUAAGAUAUGCCUGCUCUGGCCUACCAACAGCCUCUUCUGCAGGCAGUUAUUCGGCUGCAGAUAAUCGGCUGCGGGUAUUUAACGACCGCCGCCUAUGCAAAAGCCAAUAUUUCGAUCGUUAUAACCGUUGCAGUGCAAAUGUUGUGGUGCACGAAGGCAUAAUGGCCGAAAAUUGUGACAUUACAUUGAAGAUGUUCGAGGCUUGUUGCUGCACCCUUUUUGUCAAGAAAUUAUGUAACCUGAGACCAGGAUUUACGGACAGGUGCAUGGUACCUACUGUUAUUGUUUACGCAUACAAUGGGUUGCCCAAACAAGAGAUUCUUGUUAUCGCUACACAGGCAGAACUUUGUAUUUGA